AUGGACGCGAUUUCCCCACAGCAAUCUCUGCCCGAUGCGCAGAAGGCGAGCACCACGCAGGAAGAUGACUCGUCGAAGGCCAAGCGGGCCCACCAAGCCUGUCUGAACUGUCGCAAGCGGAAGAGCCGGUGCCUGCUCGACGAGCAAGGUACCAUCCCGUGUCUGCGAUGCAAGCGCGACAACCUCGAGUGCGUGCUCGGUGGCAGCAAGCGCGGCGGGCGACGCGUGCGCAAGAAGCGCAUUGACGAGACGAAUUCCGGGCUACCCUCGCUGACGAACACCGGGACCGAGGAUGGCAGCUUCCAUACGCUCGGAAACCUGGGGACGUGGUCACACGAUGCGGGCGCGCAGCAGCAACACUAUGGCGAGAACCCCCACGCCGCGGGCUCCGACUCCUCGAACACCGACGAGCUAGCCUUUAACAACCUCCAGAAUCCUUCAGAUGCUCUGGGCAUACUGGCGCAAGUUGCGGGCGAGACGAGCUCGAACGAGGAGAACAACAAUGGUCACAACGCUGGAGCUGGAUCCGCGCUGUUACCGCCGAGUGGCAGUACAGCGAUGCACGCGCCGCCACUGUCCUUCUCAUACCCUCUGCUAGAUCGCGGCGUGCUGACGGUGCAUUCGCUGUGUCAAUUGCUGGUGCGGUACCAGCAGAACUACCACCCUUUCUACCCACUGGCGCCUGCGCAUGCCUUUGAUACCACGCGCAUGCAUGACAUGUUCAGGAAGGAACCACAUCUCCUCACAGCGAUUCUUCUGAUCGCCUCGAAAGAUCUAGUGAACGAGCCGCAUAUAUAUGAAGCGUGUACUGAGCAUAUGAGGGCCCUUGUUGCCAAUCUUGCUGCAGGAGGCGACGCCGGCAUCGAAGCCGUAGAAGCUUUGCUACUGCUCGCCGAGUGGGCCCCGUAUACUCAGAGAGGUGGAGGCAAAGUGGGCAAAGGCGAAGAAGACAAAGAGUCCUGGAUGCAUGUUGGAAUCGCACUUCGAAUUGCGUACUUCCUUGCGCUCGAUAAGUACUCCUUCCGCUUCGUCGAUCAGAGCAAAGAUCCGCAGCAUAAUCGCAAGCGUCUGAUCUGGACUGCCGCCUACGUCUCCGACCGACACAUUAGUAUCCGCAUUGGCAAGGCUUUCUGGUCGCGCGGUCCAGGCCCUCUUACCACGCUGAGACGCGAAGACUACCCCAGUUUGAUUCCGAAAUCACCGAACGAGGAAGACUACGCUUCAAUAUUCCAAGCCAACCUUGAGCUGACUCAGCUUUUCUCCAAUGUUCACGAUACCCUGUACAGUAAUCCUGGCGCCUCGUUCCGCUCCAACAUGAGCGGGAGCUACAUUAAGUUUAUCGACGAUUUCCGCUCCGCGAUCUACGGCUGGAAGAGUGUUUGGGGCACAUUAACAUGCUCUGCACCUUUGAAGGCAUGUCUGCUGAUGUCCUAUGAUUACCUUCGAUUAUACACCAAUGCCUUCGCAUUCCAGGCCACCGUUCUGCGCGCGCUCCCCUCCGCGAAUAGCUCCUCGGUUCCACAUGAAGCCUCGAACCUUGGAGGUCCUCAGGCGCCACAGAGGGUCUUCGUUAACAACGUCGGUGCAGUCGGUGACGCGCGUUUUAUAUACGAAGGCCUCGACGCUGCCAAAGCCAUCCUCACAACCGUCAAUAACUUCGUCUCCCCCGAAACUAGCCUGCGCUUCAUGCCACUGCGUUAUUAUCUCUACCUCGUGCAUGCCGGCGUGUUCCUCUACCGCGCGCGCUGUACAGGCGUUAUAUCUGGCGACGAAGACCGCGCCAUUCGCGCCAUGAUCAAUGAGACCGUGUCGCGCCUACAACGCAGCGCCGUGGGCGUAGAGGCUGGUAUCCAGCACCCUGGUUCGCGGUACUCGCAGCUCCUCAAAUUGCUAUGGGCCAAGGUACCGCGCAAGGACAAGAGCAGUCGUUCCGCCUUCAGGCACCCUGGCACAAGCGUCGCCAGCAACCCUGUGGACCAGAAUGGCUUCCCUGUUCCGCCAUCGACGACCACAGCGCAGAGUCCACGCACGAGCUCAGUAGGCACGGGCGAGUCUCCAGCGCUGACGGAGCAGAUGGGCGAUUUUGGCUGGACAGAUCUCGGCGCUGUUAGCGAUUUCGCUAUGCACGGGAAUAAUGGCGCGAACCCGCCGGAUGAGAGCGCGCUUUGGAACGGGUUUCUGCCUCUCGAUAUGGGCUGGAGUGCUAAUGGAUUUAGUCUUGAUGGGGUUGGAUGGGACGGAAACGCUAAUGAUCUGGGUAUGCUGUUUUGA